UUAAGGUCUGAGACAGCGACCUCAGUGACCCCAAAAGAGAGACCAUCGUCCAGCUCAUCGAUGACUUCAGGAUCUCAGGGGUUAAUGGCGUCUGUAUCCUUUACAGCUUUUACAGCUGGGGCUACGGCCUCUUUCUUGACAGGCAGAGGGGCCCCAUGCGUGCCCUCCUAGCUUCCCAGGCCUCGGUUGGCUGAUACACACAAUAGGGACUGGCCCCUUCUGGUGCUGCUAGUCUAUGAAACAGCCCUAUCCCUUUGGGGAUUUCUGUUUACGGGGGUGCAUAGGGGGUGGCGGUGGGUCACCAAGCUGCCCGGGGAUUACCUGUGGGCACAAAUGCCACAGGCCACGUCUGUGGCAGUGCCUUCCCUUUGGCUUAGGAGCGGGGCUGCCCUCUCUCCAUGAUGACCACCAAAUGUGUCAUCCCAAGGGGCAUAGCCCCAAGAGUGACAAGGGAUGCCCUAGAUCAUUGUGCCAGGCCCCGCCGGCUGCCCGCCCCCAGUGCCCUUCACUUGCCGGCCCCAGACGUGUGCAUGGUGCUGGAGGUCCUGGGCCACCAGCUCCUCAAGUGUAUCAUCAAGUCCAACUACCAGGGCCUGCCCGUGCCCUGUGUGAAGAGUAUUGUACGGCAGGUGAGUGCUGUCGGCUGCAGGCCGCCCUGGGCCACUGGGCCAGGCUGGGGGAGUUCGGGCAUGGCUCUUCCCAGGUGCUGCGCGGCCUGGACUACCUCCACACCAAGUGCAAGGUCAUCCACACCAACAUCAAGCCUGAGAACAUCCCGGUGUGUGCGGGCGAUGCCUAUAUCCGGCGCCUGGCCGCUGAAGCCACGGCGUGGCAGCAGUGAGGGGCCCCGGUGCCCUCCCGGUCCACAGUCAGCACUGCCCCCCAGGAAGUUUGGACGGGGAAGCUGUCCAAAAACAAGAGGAAGAAGAUCAAGCGUAAACAGGAACAGCAGAAGUGGCUGCGGGACCUGCAGAGGCUGGAGACCAUGGAGGCCGCAGCCCAGGCCGAGGACGCCAGCCCAAAACUGGAGGAGGGCAGCGGCUCCACCGCUUCUUCAGGCUGCCACACUGGGGGGGCCGGGGCGGGCCCCUCCCCAGCCUCCUCAUUGCCCGCCCCUGGGGGCGAGCACAGCCUCAGCCCCGGCUCCCAGACCUCAGGCUUCUCAGGCUCCCUUUUCUCCGCGGCCUCCUGCUCCAUCCUCUUGGGAUCGUCCAAUGGGAAACUGGAGGCCUCCUCUCCCCCAGCACCCCGUUUGGUGCCUUAAACCUCCUGGUGAAUCCCCUGGAGCCCCAAAAUGCAGACAAGAUCAAGGUCAAGAUCGCGGACCUGGGCAACGCCUGCUGGGUGGCCCCGCUUGUCCCCAGCACAAGCACUUUACGGAGGACAUUCAAACGUGGCAGUACCGGGUCGUGGAGGUCCUGAUUGGCGCCGAGUAUGGCCUGCCAGCAGACAUCUGGAGCACUGCAUGCAUGGCCUUCGAGCUGGCUACUGGCGACUACCUGUUUGAGCCUUACUCUGGAGAGGACUACAGCCACGACAAGCGUAGGUGGAGGCAGGCCCUGCUCCUGGCUGCUGGCCCUCUGACUGCUGCCUGGGCCCCUGACAUGCUUUCUGCCCACAUCGUGGAGCUCCUGGGAGACAUCCCCCCCGCUUUCGCCCUCUCGGGCUGCUAUUCCCAAGAGUUCUUCAACCGGAGAGCUGCGCCACAUCCACAACCUCAAGCACUGGGGUCUGUACGAGGUGCUCAUGGAGAAGUACGAGUGGCCCCUGGAGCAGGCCACGCAGUUCAGCGCCUUCCUGCUGCCCACGACGGAGUACAUCCCCGAGAAGCUGGCCAGCGCUGCCGAAUGCCUCCAGCACCUGUGGCUCAACCCCUAGGGCCUGCCGCCGUAGCAGGCGGCACCCCAGUUCUCCGUCCCUCAGAAGUUUGUCUGUGUCCCCAGGCCCCAUGUGUUUCUGUUCUUAAUAAAGUCUGAACGUGAA